AUGCCUCAGUUCACCUGCGACGAAUGCGGAGCGGCAAGGAGCUCCAGCGAUUCAGCACGGAAGGGAGAGUGCAACCGGGUGGACGGGUACAACAAGAGGGGAAAUCGAUACGCCAAGUUCUACGACUGCCUCUGCUGCCACUGCGCCUGUAUGAGGGGCCACGACCUGACCAUCUACGGAGGAUGCUGCAAGAACUGCCUCAGCAAGAGCCUCGAGUCUCUUCAGAGCUGCAAGUCGCUGCACCUCGACUCCUUGUGCGCUUUCCUGUCGGACCUGAUCUACCAUGGCGACGUGGACAGGCUCAGCUUCAAGAGCGUGGUGGAGGAUCAGUUCCACCUGGUCGGCGCCAACGGACUCGCUAAAGGGGAAGGGACGGAGGAGACAGGGCCUGGUUUUGCUGUGUUGGCAGACAAGAUCGGGUUGAACUUGAUCAUCGUCGUCUUCCGAGGGUCCGCCACCUUCAUGGACUGGAUCGUGAACCUUGGUUCGAACCUCUACGGCAUCGGUCCAGAUGGGCAGAAGUUCAACGUGCACAACGGCAUUCACGGGCGUCUGGGGGAGGCCGACGAUCAUGGCAUGUCGUACGAUGGGCGGAUACUGGAGUACAUCAACGUCGGCAAGCAAACGCUGAAGGACCCCGGAAGCGCUAAGAUUGUGUAUACGGGUCACUCGCUGGGAGGGGGGCUAGCGCUGAUCUGCCGCUCGAUGCAUCAUGCAGCAGGCAUCAAAGAAGCAGACGUCGUGUGCUUUGGAGCUCCUUUAGUCGUCGCAAGUGAUCCCGCGGCUUCCAGCACGUUACAGGAAAUCGCCAAGUCGACGAGGCUCUACGUGCACGGAUUUGACAUCAUCACCCGCAUGCUGCUCUUCAGAGAUGCCCCGAGGUUCGCCGAGCUGGUGGAGAACCACAUCAAGGCAGAGUACCCGGCGUUCUGGACAGGAGGGGGCAUCCUUGGCGUCGGAGGGCACCUGAAGCAGUCUUUCUGCAAGAUGCUGGAGGAGUUCAUGAAGCAUUCAGAAAAGUAUCGCACCAUAGGGCAGGUGAUUUUCGUUCAGAACAACCAUGGAUCUGCUCGGGAGAUGGCGUUUGCCAAGAUCUCUUGUGAAGCAAAGUACCUUUCUCAACUUCCCACGUAUCCUCCGGAUGUCAAGUGCUUUCCCGAAGAUCAGAUCCAUUACAGGAUAACCAGGAUGAUAGAUGACCACAAGAUGGAGGAGUACGUCAAGGCGCUGGAGGCGAUAUGCUGGUGUAGUGCUCCUGAGGUAGAGUUCGACUACAAAGUUGCAGCUUUCAGCGCAAGGCUAAGAUGGGUCUACAAGUUGCAGCAGAACAGCUACGACCUUACCGGGUCGAAGGGGGAUAGCUCUUCUUCCAGGCUACUGUGA